AUGGAUUGGUUUGGGAAGGCCCUUGGAGCUGCUCCCAUUCCAUCCCCUGCUCUGGCCCUUUUUCCUCUCCACCGCCCCAUUUCCCUCCUGGCUCUUCGCCCGUGGCUUGGCUGCCCUCCCUCCCUGCCCAUUUUUGGCCCCAGCAGCUUCCUCCUGCAGUGUUCCAGCCCCAGCAGCUUCCUCCUCCUCCUCCUCCUCCUCCUUUUUCUGCCCUUCACACCCAGCUCUUCCCUCAGGCUUUGGCCAGAUGCUGCUCCCCGUUCUCCUCCCUCUGUCCUGCCCAGAAAGCAGGCCCAGAGCUGGCAGGAUGAAGAACCAGAGCAGAGCUGGUUCUCAGGGGCACCUGCUGUUCCUGAGGGGUUUUUUCUUCUCCAGGUGGCUCCUGAGGGGGUCUCAGGGUUAGCAGGAGGCAGAUGGGUGGGACAAGGCCUCGGGGCCCGUAAAUGUGAGCUGCAGAGUGAAACAGAAACUUCCCCCCAGUUACCAGCACCAGAAAAUGUGGAGAUUUAUUCCUACAACUUCCAGAGCAUGCUGAGGUGGUCUCCUGUUGUAGUGGAGAACGGCUCGGUGUUAUACACAGCCCAUUACAAAACAGGUUUUUUCGAGGAGUGGAGCGGGAUGGGCUGUGCUGGGAGCCCCCAGCCCCAGUGCAGGUUCCCCCCGGAGCUGCGGCGGCGCUGGACGGUCGUGCUGCGCGUCAGGGCCGAGCUGGGCGCCCUGGCCUCGCCCUGGGUGCUCACACCUCCCUUCGUGGCAGAGAUGAACACCACUCUGGGCCCCCCCAAGGUGAACAGUGUGAGCAGCAGCCCCGACUCUCUGCUCCUCAGCAUCAGCCCCCCCUUCACCCCCGAGCCUGGGGACCUCAUCCAGUACCACGUGUCCUACUGGGAGAACACAACCAGUGCUGUAAAACAAAAGCUAAGUGAAAGCAAGACACUAUUCCAGAUUGGAAAUCUAAAGGAAUCAACACUUUAUUGCUUCAGUGUUCAAGUGCAGCUGAAGAUCUACUCAGGUCACUUCUUAGAGGGACAGCAAAGUGUCCCAGAGUGUCACAGAACUGCCCUCAGUGAGGCAACCCAAGCUGUGCACAUCAUCCUCCUGUUUGUCCUGGCCUUACUCUUCGUGCCCCCAGUGACAUAUGCUUUGCUGCUUCUGUGGAAGUACCACCAAAAAAUCAAAUAUUGGGCUCAGCCCCCCCUGCAAAUCCCAUCACACUUCAGGGAGUUCCUGAGGGACCCUGGCUUGUCUGGCUUGGAGCUGUACAGUCCUGCUGAGGAGGAGCCCCAGGCCCUGGUGGUUGGAGAAGGAAGUGGCCUGGAGGAUGAGGAUCCUUCACCCGACACCUCCAGGGACAGGGGGGACACUGAGGGGACACCCCAGUGAGUGUCACCUGCCCCAGGACUGGCCAGAGGCUGCUCCCAUGGCUGCUGGCAGGACAGCCCUGAACAGGGAGCCUGGGAUCACAGGACAAUCCUGAACACCGAUCCUGGGAUCACAGGACAGCCCUGAACACGGAUCCUGGGAUCACAGGAUAAUCCUGAACACAGAUCCUGGGAUCACAGGACAAUCCUGAACACAGAUCCUGGGAUCACAGGAUAAUCCUGAACAGAGAUCCUGGGAUCACAGGACAAUCCUGAACACGGAUCCUGAUGCUCCAGGGGCCUCUGCCCGGCUCCCCCAACUCCUCGCUCUGCCAAAGGCACUGGGAAGAGGGAGUGUGGAAGGGAAAGGAAAGGAACACUAAACUGCCUGAAGACAGGUGGAUAAAAGGGGGAAAUUCCCACCCCAGCUUGGAGGAAUAAUAGCACUUUAUUGAUGUGGGAUAACCUGGGACUUUUCAGGGAGCGAAGAGUUGCGGUGUAAAUUCCAUUCUGCUGGUUUUGCAAUAAUACUCCCAUUCUACCCACUCCAGUCUGCUUUCCUGAAUCAUUUCAAGUGCAGCACAAAUUAUAAAGAAAUUUGUAGGUACUUUCCUUGGGAUGAGCCUGUGCCAAGAACCCCUCCCAGAGAGGUCUGCUCGUAUCUGCCUCCUGCAAGCAUUAAUCUGCUCCUGCAGCCAGCCCAGGGCCCUGCACGCCACAAAGGACCUGAGAAGAAUUUUGCUCCGAGUUUUUUACAGCCUGUAUCAGUCACUGUCACACACUAAAAGCUCCUGUUGACACCAGCAGGAGCUGACUCAGAGUUUUCUGGUUUUAGUGCCUUAAAGCAGAAGAGCCCAAGUUAAACCCCACAUCACCCCCAGUGGGGGCUGGAGUGUCCAAUAAAGCACAAAGAACAAAUGAACCUCUUCUGUAGUAAAAAGAUGGAGUUGUUUGGUUUGUUUUUUGGGUUUUUUUCCUGGGUUUGAUACCAGAAAAUUGAUAUGAAUUGUUUAAAAAUAAGCAGUAAGAAAUGUGGUUUUUUUGUUUGGAAGUGGCUGGUUUGGAAGUGGCCCUGGCAAAGCUGGUGCCACUGUCUCAGCCUUUCCAGCAGCCUUUCCAAAAGCUUCAUCAGGUUCCUUAAAACAGAUCUCAUCCCUUGGGAUCAGCCAGGCUGCUGACAGGGGAGUUUCAGGGAAGGCUGACUCAUGUGGGAAUGGUCACAUCAGCACCAGGCCUGCUUGAAUCACCCAAACUCUGAGGCUGGGCUGGGAACAAAGGGCACAGCUCACAAAAAGGAACAAGCAAACUCACCCAGAAAUAAAGUUAAAAGCUCCUGGGAGUAUCUGUGUGUAUUCCUGAAUAAACCCUGGACUGCUGUCCUGUGUGCAUUCCUGAAUAAACACUGUCCUCGA